AUGAGAAACUGGAUGAUAGUUUCUAAAAUUUGUGGAUUCGUCUGCGUUUUGAUGGGCCUUGAGUUAGAAAUGAGAAAUUUGGAGGGUUUAAAAAGAGAAAAAGGCUGCAUUGUAGUUUCUAACCAUCAAAGUUCAUUAGACGUCUUGGGAUUGUUCAAAAUAGGACAAUUAAUCAACAAUAAUUGCGGAAUUGUCGCGAAAAAAGAACUAUUUUACAUUUGGCCUCCUGGAUUAGUCCUUUGGCUUUGCGGAUCUAUUUUUAUCGACAGAAAAAAUCCCGACAAAGCUAGAACAGAGUUGAAUGCAGUUUCUGAGAAGGUUAGAAAGGAAAAUAUAAAGCUCUGGAUCUUCCCCGAAGGCACAAGAAGAAAUAACGGGAAGAUUAAUUCAUUCAAAAAAGGCGCCUUUCACAUGGCUGUUAAUGCGAAGCUUGAUAUUAUUCCGGUUAUAUUUUCUUCUUACUAUUUUUUGGAGAACAAGAAGCGAUUUGACUCCGGCAAGAUUAUUAUUACUGCACUUCCCGCAGUUUCUACUGAGAAUUCUUCCCUUGAAGAAGUUAUGGAUAAAGUUCAUUUUAUGAUGGAGGAAAUUUUUCAAUCUACGUCUGCUGAAACUAAACUAGCAGUUAAGUCGUGA